UUUUAGGGGAGGAGCGACGCGACGAGGCAGAUUAAUACGCACGCUCGUUCCUCCCUCUACCUCUGUCUCUCUCUCUCUCUCUCUCUCUCGAAAAUGGAGAACCCUUGAUAAACCCUACCCCUCCCUCCUCCUGCUUCAAUCUCCGAAGCAAUGGUAGCGAAUUUUUCCUAAUUCAAAGAAGGGUUAACACCAAAAAUACUAUUUUUUCAUGUCAUGCUAGUUUUAUUUACGCGCAGAAUGAAUUCCCUCCUCCACCUCUCUCCCACCCUUUCAACUAUCAUCCCUUCUCAUCUAACCAAAACAACCCCAUCACUCUUUUUUGAGAUCUCUCGAACCCUUUCUGAUAAACCCUCAUCUCUCCAAAGCCCUAACUUUCUCCGCCUGAAGCCCUUCUCUUCUUUUAAUCCCUCGGUUUCAACCUCCAUCGAGAGCCCGGGCUCGGGAAUUGAGGUGCCUCGAUUUUCAUAUGGCGAAAUCCAUGUCAUCGUCGGCCCCAUGUUUGCUGGUAAAACCACCGCUCUCCUUCGCCGGAUCCAGACUGAAAGUAAUAAUGGCAGAAGUGUAGCAAUAGUUAAAUCAGACAAGGAUACAAGAUAUGGAUUAGAGUAUACUGUAACGCAUGAUGGGGAAAAAUUUCCAUGCUGGGCUCUAUCUGAAUUAUCAUCUUUCCGGCAAAAGUUUGGAGUCGAUGCUUAUGAGAAGCUAGAUGUGAUUGGGAUUGAUGAAGCUCAAUUUUUUGGAGAUCUAUAUGAUUUCUGUCGUAAGGCAGCUGAUCAUGAUGGGAAGACUGUUGUUGUUGCAGGCCUUGAUGGAGACUACCUGAGAAGGAGCUUUGGUUCAGUGCUCGACAUUAUACCAUUAGCUGAUUCUGUGACCAAGUUGACUGCUCGAUGUGAGCUAUGUGGCAAGCAUGCUUUCUUCACCUUGAGGAAGACAAAGGACAAACAGACAGAACUGAUUGGCGGGGCUGAUGUUUACAUGCCAGUUUGCCGGCAACACUAUGUCAAUGGACAAGUAGUUAUUGAAGCUACCAGGAUUGUUCUGGAAUCUCAAGAGAGUCAAUGUGAUUCAUACCUUGAAGCAUCUCCCCUACCGAGUUGAUAUGGUCUCUUUCUGCUAAUUUAUUGUAUUAGGUUAUGUUACAUUAGGGCACUCAGCUGCCCGUACAGACUUCUACUUUUGAAUCUUAUCCCACCUGCUUGGGUGAAGCUGUGUAUUUUAUGGUUUCAAAUUGUCACACUGUAGUGGUUUUGGUGGCUCCCACAUUUCUCUUUCAAGCUGGGAAGCAGCACACCUAGCAGGGGAAGAUGUGCCUAUGUAAUUUUUGCUCAGACCAAGUUAUUGUAAUGUGUAAACUGAAAUCAACAUUAACAUUGAUUAUCUAAUCUGAAAAUAUUACAGAAA